CGUUGAGCAUAAGCAAGAUGGCAGCCUCCGAGACGGUUAGGCUACGGCUUCAAUUUGACUACCCGCCGCCGGCCACUCCACACUGCACGGUCUUCUGGCUUCUGGUUGACCUGAACAGAUGCCGAGUUGUCACGGAUCUCAUCAGUCUCAUCCGCCAGCGCUUCGGCUUCAGUUCCGGGGCGCUCCUGGGCCUCUAUCUGGAAGGGGGGCUGCUGCCCCCUGCCGAGAGCGCGCGCCUGGUGAGAGACAACGACUGCCUCAGGGUUAAGUUAGAAGACCAAGGACUCCCUGAGAAUUUGAUAGUAAGCAAUGGUGGCGACUCUAAUUUCCUAUGUAGGAAAGCGAAGAAACGGGCUUUUAAGUUUGUGGAGGAUGAGGAAACGGAACAGGGAUACAAGUGUUCAAAGAAGCACUGGAAGAGGCAGGAGAUCAGCAGCCCUAAUGAGAAGGCCUCCGACCUGGAGACCAAGCUCUUCCUGGAUGAGAUGGAGCACACAAAGAGCAAGAGAAAAAGCAAAGUGACAGGCAGCCCGGCCGAGAAGGAGGAGGAGGAGACCAAAAAGAAGUCUUCAAAAAGAAAGGAGAAAGGCGAACAGAAGAAGCAGAGCAGGGCCUCCAAGUCUCCCAAACAACAGACGCCUAAAGAGGGGGCCUCCCAGAACUGCAGCUUCCCCAGGGCCUCCCCCAGGAGCAGCCUGGCGAAAGCCCGGAGGAGAAGCAGCACGGGGCAAAAAGGCAGCUCAGGCUACCUGUCAGAGUCUGAGUCCUGUCCCGAGUCAGUCAGCGAUGGCCACUGCAGUGUCACGAUGCAGGGGUUCACCUUUUCGGAGAAACUGUCAGCCGAGCUGUUGAAAGAUGCACCUGCUACCAAAACUGCAGCUGCCAACAGACAGGCCUCAAAGUCUGGCUUUACCUUCAGCUCCGGCAAGGGCAAGGCCUCUAGAACCUCGUCAUCGUCCAGUUCAGGCUCCAGUUCAGAGUCGGAAGACCAGUUCCUGGUGUCCAAGAACAUGCUCAAGGGCGCGUCGGACUUCCUAAAGACAACUGGCCUCUUUGCAGGGCAAGCGUGUUCUGGUCCAGCGCUGCCCUUGGAGACUCCGGGUAUUAUGGGAUGGAAGCCUUCUGACUCAAACAGAGGCAGACAAGCUCCUGGUCCUCCCGGCGUGCCUGUCCCCACCAGUUUGGGAAGAGGAUGGGGGCGAGGAGAGGACUUCCUGUUUGGGAAGGGACUGAGGGGCCGGGGUGUUCGGGGCCCAGGGCGAGGGCGAGGGCAAGCUGUCUCCUGUAUCCUAAACAGAAGCUCUGAGAGUCAGAAGCAGAAGCAGUUAAACGAGAUUCUAACAAACUCAUCCACGGUGAUCCAGAAUCCAGUAGAGCCCCCCAAGAAGGACUAUAGUCUACUACCACUGUUGGCAGCUGCACCUCAAGUCGGAGAAAAGAUUGCAUUUAAGCUCUUGGAGCUCACAUCUGACUACUCUCCUGAUAUCUCUGACUACAAGGAAGGAAAAAUAUUAAGCCACGACCCAGAGACCCAGCAAGUGGAUAUAGAAAUCCUCUCUUCUUUACCAGCUCUGAAAGAACCUGGGAAGUUUGAUUUGGUCUAUCACAAUGAAAACGGAAUGGAGGUGGUGGAGUACGCCGUGACUCAGGAGAAGAGGAUCACUGUGCUCUGGAAAGAGUUGAUUGAUCCAAGACUGAUUAUUGACUCUUCAAGCAUCUCAAGUAAAUAAUGUGUCUGCAUAUAACCUCUGACCUCGCCACCUUGAACUCUAUAAUUGCAUUUUUUGUGACCGUGGUUAUGGCCUGAAGAUUUUUAAAAGAAGACUAAAUGCUAUUUAGACUUUCUGUUUAUCUUCACUUUACCAUAUUAGGAAAAAAAUCUACCUCAUCAUUUAGAGUAACAAAGUUGUUAGUUUGUAGAUUGUUAUUUCCUUCAGGCUGAAUUCAGUAACCCACUUGAAAAAACUGGGUGCCCACCAAUAUGGCAGUGUGCGUGGCUCCUUCACACCUGUUUGCCUACCAGUAGCAAUCGUCCUUAGGAGUUUACAGUACCACACGCAAGAAUGUGCUGUGCAUCUUGCUUUGUUUCUUUUAAGUCACAUUGUAAAUUGCUAAGGUAUGUUUCAUGACUUAAUUUUUAACACGUGAGCUGUUCUGUGAAGCAUGGAGCAUCUCUCCCAUUCCACACAGUUUAUACCUGCUCUCCUCAGGAGUUAGUGGACUUGGAUUUGUCGGAGGUGAUGAGUUAAAGACCCUGUGCAGAAGGCAGUGGGAAGACACCCUUGUACUGCCUGGAGGAGGGCUGGCCUCCCACUGCCAGAAGGCUGCCCGUGAGCCUCAGACCAGGCUGGGGCCAGUGACCUUGUCACACAAUGCCAGGAACUUGGGCUUCUCAUACUGAAGUGAGGAUCUUAAACAGAAAUUUCCUUCUGUGUUGUUAUUCAACAUGAAGCUACAGGCUGAAUAUAAACUGCGAAAAUUGCUUUCUUUUAAUGAAAACUCAGAUCCCUCCUUCAACCUUGCAAAUUUUUAAAUAAAAAUCAUAUGAAACUCAA